AUGUCACAAGCACUCGUAGGAGGGGAUUCAUCUUGGCGUUGUAUAAAUAGGCCGCGUUUCCCACCUGCUGCACCUCCAAAAAUGUCUUCUGAAAAGAUUCUAGAUUCACCAGACGAAUCUCUGCUCCAGGAAUUCAACAUCCUCAGCAACUACUCUGAGGAGCAAGUGAUGGCCAUGGGGCGCAACUAUGCCCUGAAGUACGGCCUCGACCCGGAGCUAUUUAGUCGUGCUGCGGCUGUGGCUCGGGCCCCAAACAGAUUCAACUCGAUGGAGUUCCUCAGCGAAGGCGAAAAAGAAGCCCUCUACGAGGAAUCCCACCAUCCUUGGAAGCUAUCUCGCCAGUUGUACUGGCUGAUCAUUAUGGCUUCGCUCGGUGCUGCCGUCCAAGGUAUGGAUGAGACCGUUAUUAACGGUGCGCAGCUAUACUACCCUAAAGAAUUCGGCAUCGACAAAGGAACCGAUCGGGACACCUGGCUCGUGGGUCUCGUGAACUGUGCUCCCUACUUGUGCUGCUCCACCAUUUCGUGCUGGAUGACUGACUGGUUAAAUGAGAAGUUUUCCAGAAGAGGAACCAUCUUUAUCACGUGCGCGAUCUCGGCUCUAACGUGCAUCUGGUCGGGGCUUGUCAACAACUGGUGGCAUCUGUUCAUUGCCCGGUUUUUCCUGGGUUUCGGAAUCGGUCCAAAAUCCACUACCGUGCCAGUUUAUUCGUCUGAGUGUGCUCCAGCCAAGAUCCGCGGUUCGUUGGUCAUGAUGUGGCAGAUGUGGACCGCUUUCGGAAUUAUGUUUGGCUACGUGAUGUCUCUCGCAUUCUACAAAGUUCCUCCGCACGGUAUCCACAAAGGACUCGGAUGGCGACUCAUGCUUGGUUCUGCCUCGCUCCCAGCAUUCCUAGUCAUGAUCCAGGUGUGGUUCUGCCCUGAGUCGCCAAGAUGGCUUAUGGGUAAAGAGAGACACAAGGAUGCAUACGACUCAUACAAGAGAAUCAGACGGCACGAGAUUCUUGCUGCAAGAGAUUGUUUCUACACCCACGUUCUACUUCUAGAGGAGGCUUCGUACGAGAUGCCAUUCUUCACCAAAGUGAAAGAGAUGUUUACCGUCAGAAGAAACAGAAACGGAGCCAUGGGCGCCUGGGUCGUCAUGUUCAUGCAACAGUUCUGUGGUGUUAACGUCAUUGCAUACUACUCAUCCUCGAUUUUCAAGGAAUCUGGAUUCAGCAACCGUGACGCUCUAAUUGCCUCUUGGGGAUUCGGUAUGUUGAACUGGGUGUUCGCUGUUCCGGCCUUCAGAAACAUCGACAAGUACGGAAGAAGAACGCUGCUCUUGUUUGCUUUCCCGUUGAUGGCCGUGUUCCUGCUGCUAGCAGGAUUCGCAUUCUGGAUUCCACACGACAAAAGAGAUGCCAGAGUCGGAGUUAUCUGUCUUGGAAUCUACCUGUUCACGGUUGUUUACUCUUCGUCAGAGGGCCCUGUUCCAUUCACUUACUCGGCAGAAUGUGCUGCUCUUUACGUUCGUGAUGUGACGAUGUCUUUUGCCACUGCGACAUGCUGGUUUUUCAACUUCAUCUUGUCGCUCACCUGGCCUUCCCUGUUGAAGGCAUUCAAGCCUCAGGGUGCCUUUGGCUGGUAUGCCGCCUGGAAUAUUAUUGGAUUUUUCCUGGUGCUGUGGCUGCUGCCAGAAACCAAAAACCUUACUCUGGAAGAACUGGAUGAGGUGUUUGACGUCCCUGCUGCCGAGCAUGCCAGGUACCAGACUAGAAGCCUGUGGAACGGUUUCCAAAGAAAGAUUCUGCGUCGUGACAUUCCUAAGAUGGAGCCGCUGUACCACUCGCACCGUGUGGCCAUUAAGAACAACGAGUGGAUUGAGAUGAAGCACGGCGAGGCCGAGCACGUCGAGGCAGAGUAA